AUGGCAGCAGGUGUCCUUCGUGGUGCUGCCUACCUCAAGCUGACCCCAGUGGCCCCUGCUACCUUGAACUCUGCUCAGACUCAGAGUACCCUCAGAACUGUGAGUGUCCCCCGGGCUGUUGCUGGCACAGCAAGCACCAUCACUGCCCUUGCUGUAACUACAGAGUGUGAUCCGUUGAAAGGAAAGAGCCGGGACUGCCGCUGCCUUCCAGGUUAUCAGUGGAGCGACAGCUUCUGCACAAGCUUGCAAGCCUGUGGGGCUGGGGGCCUCCUUCAGUCCUUCAUCUCCAUCAUCCUCCCACCCCCCUGCCAGUGCCUUCGCUGGACUUCUUCAGACACCGGUUACUGCCAGUCCCUCCUCUCAGCCUCGAAAGUCUCGGAAAGCUCAACGCUGCCCCCCAAACAAGCUUCUGUGGGAGCCGGAGCUGAUCUGACUCUCUCCUUCCGCUUGGGGGAAGGAGCCACGGAUGUGAAGUGGUACUUGCUCAGUCGCGAGCGUAGCGAGGCCAAGGAGAUUCGCAAUGGGAUGGAAGUGUCGCUGCUGCAAACCAGCUCGGAGGCUGUGCUGAGGAUCUCCUCUCCUUCCCCAGACUGGGCUGGAGAGUAUAUCUGCCGCUAUCUGAAUGGAAGCGCCCUACAGGAAUGGAGGCAGGUGGUUACAAUCCCCUUUGUAGCAGCAGACAUUGUCCAGAUGCCGUCACAAGUCUCCAUGAACUGCAGCUCCCCGGUUGACUUGGUGGGUGCUGAAGACCCUCUCUGCCACUUCCUCAUCCUGGAUUCCUGCCCCAGCAGUGACACCACAUACCAAUGCAAGUUUGAAGGCAGCGGGCUUGGAUCCAUACAGACUUCCGUGGUGGUGAGCGUGAUUCAAGCUGGAGACCUCUUUUGCCCUGGUGAGAAUGUUCAAGGUAGGUGGAAUGUGACAAAGGCCGGCCAGGUGGCUGAAAUCCUGUGUCCCAAGGGCAGCGAGGGGAUAAUGUGGCGGAGCUGCCUCUCCAGUGGAACCUGGGGAGACGUUCGUAACAACUGCACAAGCAAGGAGCUGCUCUCUGGGCUGCAAGAGGCUCAGUUACUCCGGGCAGGGCUGGGUAGCCCCCAAAUCGAGGUCCCUUGGAUGAUUGAGUGGCUGAAGAUGGAAGUGAACCCCAGCGAGACCCAGAAGAUCUAUCCCUUGGACCUCCUGACUCUGAUUAUCAUACUGGACGUCAUCUCUGAGGUGGCUCUGGAUUCCAACAUGCGACUAGACAGCAAUUCUGUGACUGACUUACUGAAUACUGUCAACUGGAUGCUAGACUUAGAUCCCAAGACUGAGUGGUCGGAGGUCCAAGCUUGGAAGCUGUCAGCUGGUUCCAUGUUCCUGCAGGCAAUUGAGGACCUCACAAGACUUCUGGUGCCUGUGACCAGCGAGUUCAACUUGUCGCUCCCCAAUCUUGAACUCCAGAGUGCCAUGUUCAACUUGACCUCGGUCGAUGACUUUGACAGAAUCUUCGACACAGAUCCCCCGCUCCGUAUUCGUAUCUCCAGCGCGGAACUGGGCGAAGUGGUGCAAAGGGAGCAGAGUAUCGUCGUCAUCAGCCUGGUGCUGAAAAAGAUGGAGCAGAUCCUACCAAGGCAUUAUGGUGCAGACGCCCAGCACAUCCUUGGUAGUUUAGUGACGUCCAAUGCCAUCACAUCCCACAAUAGGAGCGUAAGACAAGUUGAUACUUACAUGGCGUUCGGUCUCCGGAACACAACCAGUGACACAGAAGAGAAGCGGACGGCCCAGUGCGUGUUCUGGAAUCACACCUUGCUUGAGGGGGUGGGAGGCUGGUCUACCCAGGGAUGCCAGUCUUCCAGCACAGAAAUGGCUACCAACUGUUCCUGCCAAUACCUUUCUUCCUUCUCUGUCCUCAUGUCGGCCCACCCUGUGCCCGCCAGCUUUGCCUUGACCUUUCUGUGUAAGUUUGGGGUCUGCAUCACUAUCGUCGCCCUUGUCGCCAGCCUGCUCAUCUACGGUCUCGUCUGGACUUCCGUGGUGAAGAACAAGGUCUCCUUCUUCCGCUACAUCACGCUGGUCAACAUCUCAUUCUCUCUGCUGAUGGGGAGCGUGUGGUUUCUGGCUGCCUCCCUGCUCGAAGCCAGCCAUGCAAGCAAGCUGUGUGUGGCUGCCGCAUUUUUCACCCACUUCUUCUACCUGGCCGUGUUCUUCUGGACGUUGGUCCAAGCUCUCGUGCUCUGCCACCAACUGGUCUUGGUCUUCCAACCCCUGUCCAUCCGCUCCGUCACGCCUGCCAUGAUCACUGUAGGCUACGUCUGCCCGCUAGCCCUCGCUGUGGCUAUGGUGGCCGCCUUCUUCCCAAAGCAGAGCUAUCUCCAUGAAGCCCACUGCUGGCUCAGCUUUCGCAGCAAAGCAAUCUAUGCCUUCUCUGUCCCUGUCCUGGUCAUUGUGACAGCCAACCUCCUGGUCCUCUUUAUGGUGCUGCUCAAGCUCAUGAGGCCAUCCGUGUCCGAGGGACCCCAAGGAGAGGAAAAGAAGGCUCUGCUCGGCAUUUUCAGAGCCCUGCUUAUCCUCACACUGGUCUUUGGAUUGACUUGGGGGUUUGGGAUCAUCACCAUGACAUCGUAUGCCUCUCGAUUCACCCAUGACGCAUUUACAAUACUCAAUUCGUUCCAGGGAGUUUUCGUUCUGCUGUUUGCCUGCCUAAUGGACAAGAAGGUGCUGGGAGCUCUGAAGAAACGUCUGUGCAAGUCACCUACAUAUAGGAUAAACAUAUCUCAGCUGAACAGCUUUGCAAAGAGGACCAUAGAAUGA